AAGCGACCAGGAGUGAAACACUGAGGAGCCACUUCACCUGGCGUUCUCCGCUCAAUUCAUUACAAUGUCUUGCUGGAUCUCACUAGUCUAUGCGUUAGUGUUUUCCGCAGCUUAUAUAAAUGCGCAAUUUUCACUAAAUCAGCCGUCUUCAAAAUCCACAUCUCUGGGACAGAACGUGGAAAUUGCCUGUACCCUGUCUGGCGGCAGUUUAGGUAGUAGCACCGUGUCCUGGUACCAGCAGAUUCCAGGAGCGGUUCCGCGUUACUUGUUCCGCUAUUGGUCGGGCAGCAGCAUUUACAGAGGCUCGGGAGUUUCUGAACGUUUCUCCGGAUCAGUGUCAGGCAACACUGCAACAUUGACAAUAUCGAACUUACAGUCUGGGGACGCUGCUGACUACUUCUGUGCUGUGUGGAAAGAUGCUGUAAUCUUCGGCAAAGGAACGAGGCUGAGUAUUGGCAAUCCUCAGCCCCCCGCGGUGUCCGUGCUUGGACCUUCAGCGCAAGAAUUGACGGGAAAGGGAACGGCCACCCUGGUGUGUUUGGUGAACGGGUUUAAUCCGGGCGCUGUGGAAAUUGACUGGACCGUGGACGGCAGUGCGAGGAGUGAAGGCGUUGUGACCAGCCGGAUCCAACAGGCGGCGGACAACACGUUCAGUGCGAGCAGUUACCUAACUCUGCCAGCCACAGUGUGGAACUCACACGAGCUUUACUCCUGUGUGGUUAAACACGAGACUCAGGCUAACCCGCUGCAGGGAAACAUCGCCAGGUCCAGGUGUCUGUAAAACUUCUAGAUUCCAACUAAUCAAAUUGACAAAUAUUGUUGCUCCGUCUUUCAUUUGUCAAAAAUUGAUAUAAAAAUAUUCUCUAUUAUCGACUUGCAUUUGCGGUAAAAUUGUCCUUUGUCUCGCUGUUUGUAAACGUCAUUCAAUUGAAGCAACUCGUUGUGAAUUGAAACUCCAAUGUUAUUCAAUCUGUUAAAUGCAUUCCCAAAUAUUCAUUAAAAGACAGUGGUCUAAAGAUUACAUUCAGGUUUGUUUUGUUUACCCACGUGACUAACAUACAAAUACAGCUCGCGACUAAAAUCAAUAAUUCAAUCUUAAGAGCGAAACAUGUGUUGGAUUUUUAUUUCUGAUCAGAGAAAAUCAAAUGUAUUUAAUCAACCUUCAUCAUUUUACCUUAUGGAAGAACCGAUGAUAAAUGUGGCCGAACGUUAUGUUAUAAACUGGUGUGAUGAUAAAUUGGUUCAUAGAGCCGCGCGCGCGCACACGCACACACACGAACAAAAUGGGGCGCUCAUGUAGAAACGUAUUCGAGGACAGACAGUAAUCGUUAUAUGUGACCUUGCUAAUACUAUUCACUUAGCAAUUCCAACCUAUUUCAUCUGUGAAUUAACUGGGUGGGGCUGGUGGUGAGUGAGAUUAAUAUGGAAACAUAGAAACAUAGAAAAUAGAUGCAGGAGUAGGCUAUUCGGCCCUUUGAGCAUGCACCGCCAUUCAAUAUGGUCAUGGCUGAUCAUCCAACUCAGUAUCCCAUAAGGCCUUCGCUCCGUACCCCCUGAUCCCUUUAGCCACAAGGGCCACAUCUAACUCCCUCUUAAAUAUAGUCAAUGAACUGGCCUCAUUGUCUGGCAGAAUAUGGUAUUUCUGCCUUUAUAUAGGGCGCUAGCACACAUGGAGUAUCACAUAUAGUUUUACUUUCCUCGCCUAAUAGAAGUACUGAAGUUCUUGGUUGGUUCCUGCUGAGCUGAUUAGCGGGAUAAGUGUACGCUGCGCGGAACGACUGAGAAGCGUAGCCUACCUUCUCAUCCACUCCCUACACAGUGGGGGCAAUUUUACAGAGGUCAAUUAACCUAGAAACCCGCAAUCUUUGGGAUGUGGGAGGCAAACCACGGCACCACAUGGGAAACGUGUAAACUCCUCACAGACAGCAUCCGAGCUCAGGAUCGAACCCUGGUCUCUGGCGCUGUCGAGGCAGCUGCUCUACCAGGUGCGCCACUGUGCCGCCCCACAAUAUAUAAUAUAUCAGCCACUGUAAUAUCUAAAUCUCGUAGUGGUCUUGGCAGGAAAGGUGCAGACGUAAUUUCUCCUGAUUGAUGAGUGCAAACUAUAAUUUGCAGUAUCCACAAAGCGCAGAACAUAGUACAGCACAGCACACGAACAAGCCUUUCCGCACUCCAUGCCUCUGCCGACAUGAUGCCAAAACCAAAUCUUAUCUGCGGGCACGUGAUCUGGAUCCAGAAAUCUUACAAAUGCCACUGUUGCUUGUGUCGCCACCACCACCUUCGCCAACGCCUUCACAGUCCUCACCAACCUCUGUAUAUAAAAUGUCCAUGCGUCUCUCUCCUUAAAGCUAUGUCAUCUAGUCCUUGAUAUUUCCACUCUGAGGGGAAAUGGUAAUCAUUCGCUGCCCUAUCUAUGACUCAUAAUUGUAUAUAAUUCUAGCAGGUCUCCCCUGAUAGUCAACGGUUACAGGGAAAACAACCCAAUUCUGUCCAACCUGUGCUCGUAGUUCAGGUAUCAUGCUGGUAAACAUCCGCUGAGCCCUUUACAAGGCC